CCAUCCUGGUGUUUGCCUGCAGCAAGAUGGCGGCGGUCUCAAUGUCAGGGGUGCUGAACCGGGCGGUGUGUUGGAGAAGGGCAGUAGGUGUAGCUGCUAUUUCCACUUCUAGGGUCCCGACCAGGUUGUUGAGCACUUCCACAUGGAGGCUGGCACAGGACCAAAUUCAAGACACACAACUCAUAACAGUUGAUGAAAAAUUGGAUAUCACUACUUUAACUGGCGUUCCAGAAGAACAUAUCAAAACUAGAAAAGUCAGGAUCUUUGUUCCUGCUCGAAAUAACAUGCAGUCUGGAGUAAACAAUACAAAGAAAUGGAAGAUGGAGUUUGAUACCAGGGAGCGAUGGGAAAAUCCUUUGAUGGGUUGGGCAUCAACGGCUGAUCCUUUGUCCAACAUGGUUCUAACCUUCAGUACGAAAGAAGAUGCAGUUUACUUUGCGGAAAAAAAUGGAUGGAGCUAUGACAUUGAAGAGAAGAAGAUUCCAAAACCCAAGUCCAAGUCUUAUGGUGCAAACUUUUCUUGGAACAAAAGAACACGAGUUUCCACCAAAUAGGUUGGCACCGACUGUAUCUCUGUACUUGACUGUGAAUAAAGUCAGCUGUGCAGUAUUUAUAGUCCAUGUAUAAUACAUUUCUUAAUCUCCUAAUAAAUUUGACCUUUAAACUACAAA